GGUAGCAGCCAAGACCCCUCAAGGACAAAGUUUCUCAUUUAGAAGGAUCAAAGCUACAGUGGAAAAAUCUGGAUUGCUGCAGAUAGCUUAACUUAGUUUCAUUUGGGCAAAGAUUUGUUGUGUUUCAUCUAAUUGAUUCUGAAGAGCCAAAGCAUGGUUGACCCUACAGGUGAUGUUUCUCUCUCGACUGUGGAGUCCACCCUGUACAACAAUGUCAAGGCGCUACUCAAAGAGAUGAACAGCCAAAGUAAUUCACAGAAAGGAAUGCUUAGAUGGAGUCUUCAGAAGAAGUUGGAGAGUGAUCCAUCCUGCAGCAUUUCAUUGAUCCAACUACUGGUCAAAGAGCUGGAGAACAAGCUACAGACAGUUAGCGAGAUCUCUAAAACAGGAUCCUGCAUGCAUAUCAUCCCAGUGCUGCACACUCUCUACUAUGUGGUUAUUCAGUCAGGUGUCAUGAUUCCCGCCAGCCUUUACCAGACAGUGUAUGAGUGUCUGAUGAAACUGCUGAUAUUACCGUCACCUUGCUCUGCUGUGGUCCUGAGCACUCUGAGGAGCAUCAAGAUGGAAAUGACCACACCAGGUUCCUUAUAUCAGAGGAGAGUCAUUGCAGAGCAGAACGUGAAGAACGACCAUUUCACUGUGCAGGAAAAGGUGUUUGUGCUUGCUGAUCCAGCCGUGUUUUCUGCUCCGCUGGAAGCCACAGUGAGAGCCUAUCUGGAGGCUUCCAGCUUUCUCAGGAACACAUUAACCAUGGAAAAAAAUGUGGUGCUGCAUGUGCUGCAGAGGGGGCUGGGGGUGACAUGCCAAAGCUCCACACUGGCUAAGGCUCUGGAGGCUUUGGAGGACCAUGUGGUAGAGAAAUAUUUUCAGGAUGUGGUUCUAGUUGUGGAGGAGAGUAUAAAGAAAGGUGCAAGUGGUAGAGCAAACUAUCUCGUCAAACUACAAGACACAUACAGAGACAUCUUGACUACGUCCGGAGAAGAAAUAACCACGGCAGAUCACAGCUCUGUGUGCAGCACUGCAAUGCCCUUUCCAGAGAUCAUUUUUGUCUUGUGGAGAUACGAAGAAGAUCUAUGGAAUCUGUUAGCAAAUUUCGCCCUGUGUGGCUGCCCUCACUCUAGCCUGGAUGAAGAAGAUAAGGACAAAAAGAAUUCACUUCGGUGUGAGAACAAUGGGAUAGAGAAACAUCUAAAAGAGAGUGACUUUGAUGACAGAGAGCAGCCUCCAGACAGAAAUCCUGCACCAGCAUUCAGUCGGAGAAAAGCCUUUAAGAACAUGAAGCCAGCAGAUAAACUGAGCCUAAUGAGGGAGAAGAUAGAAGCAUUUCCUGGUAGCUCCCCUGUCCUUAAAGAAGACAGGAUGCGUCACACAGCACGGGUAGUGGUAAUGGGGGAUGAUCGUGUGCUGGGAAGGCUUACCAGGGCUUACCACUCUAUUCGAGAGAGAGAAUCAAAACGUCUUAUUUUGACCAAGAAACUGAACCUGCAGUUGUACUACAUCCCAGUGACUGAUAUGGAGCCAUCGCUCAGUUCAUCCGAUGAAGAUAGAUUGUCUCUCGCCUCCUUAUUGGGAAGAGUGGAUCCUUGGUACAACUGCAACAUCAACAGUCUGCGAACUGCAAUCUCCAGACUGGCUGGAAUGCACUCUGAUCACAGCAAGACAUCGCAGCAAAACCUUUUCCUGCUGGACACCCUGUGUUACUACCUUCGCUGUGGGACGCAGCCAGUUAACCUGCCACUCUAUUCUGUGAAGAUGACCCUCUCCAGCUCUGACGAGAGUUCUGUCGUGGAGGAUGUGUUUGUGUCCAAUCUGGAGGCAGACAUCCCAGAGUUCAGACACCUCAAAGAAAAGGAGCCCUUCCCACGCAAAAAGAAGUCAGCAUUGGAGGUCUUUGGAACAGCCAUCUCAGUCACUUAUACAAAGCAGAUCUCUUCAAGCAAAAGGGAAGUUGUAAAGGCAGAGGCACCCAUGACGUACAGUGUGGUUAUUACAUCAGAGCCGGCAGCUGUCACGUCAGGUGGUGGUUACCUUACUGUCAGGUUUGACUGUUUGAACCCAGGAUACAACACAGCGAUCCAUGCUCGAAACAUCAGCAUCAGGACGAUGGAGCAUCGAUCACUCUCUGUGUGUCUGGACAAAGACUCUCGCAGGACAUACACUGAUGUCCAAAGGAUAGAGAUUUGUCCUUGCUUAGACCCAGGGUGCAGCAUCCGGUCCAGGUUCAGUGUCAGCGCAGACCGCGAGCUGCCAUUGAGCAAGUAUUUGGACCAAGUUCUGUCACUUCCAAUCAACACGUUCACUGGUGUGACUCCCUGAAAGACAAGAGCUGCCAGCUUCUCAUGUACAGAUACACUGCUGUAUACAAUGCUAUAUCAACACCAGCACUUUGCAAUGCAAUGUAUAUGACUGUGGGUUAACAUUCAUUAACUGAUGAUCCAUGAAGUGUUAAUUAAUCGGAUAAACUCAUUGUUAAUUACAUUUACACAGGUACUUAAGUACAGCUUAGAGGUGCUAGUACUUUCAGUAUUUCAUUUUUUGCCAGUUGAUAUUUCUACUUCAGUACAGUUCACGAAAAAAAUGUUGCAUUUUUUUUAUUCAAUUGCAAUUAUUUCACAGCUGUAGUUGCAAGAUACUUUUAUGUUACAAGUUAUAAGAUAUGAUGCAACAUCACAGAUGAAACACUUCAACACUAUCAGUAUACACAUUUGUUGAAAUGAUAUCAAACGUAACUACACUAAAAUGCUGCUUGUGUGUUAAAGGAACAGUUCUGCCUUCUCAUGAACAUAAUGGAGCCAAAUGACACUUCUCUUGUGGUGCUCAAAGCAGCAAAUAAAUAAAGAAAGAAAGAAAAACAACUCAAAA